CUUGCUGGGCAGGGAGCCCGAUGUAGGACUCAGUCCCAGGAUUCUGGGAUCAUGACCUGAGCCAAAGGCAGAUGCUUAACUGACUGAGCCACCCAGGCGUUCUCAAAGCCUCCUUUAAUCAAGGCCUCAAGGACCAUGCAUUCUUCUCAUUAAGAGAUUCAUUUCCAAUACAAUUUGUGUUUAUUAUUAAUUAUCACAAUGUGUGAAAUCUUUGCUAUACUAAUUAUAUAUUUUGUACUACUAACAAUUCUUAUGAGAACUCUAUCCAGAAGAAAAGUCUUUUAACUUCUAGGGCCUUAUGAUCACAGGAAAUAAUUAAAAAUUAAGUUUCAGGGACGCCUGGGUGGCUCAGUCAAUUAAGCGGCCUACUCUUGAUUUUGGCUCAGGUCGUGAUCUCCUAUGGAGUCUGCUUGGGAUUCUCUCCUUCCUCUGCCCCUCCCCCUGCUUAUGUGCUAUCUAAGAUAAAUGGGUAAAUCGUUAGAAAAAAAUUAAGUCAAAUUAUAUACAUUUUUUUGGCAGAGAAGUGUGAUCAAUAAAAGACUUUCAGGCAUAAAAACAUAUUAGGAUAAAUUCUUUGGGGGAAGUCUAAUAGAAAUAUAAUUUCUGACUAUUAAGAUCUUGUCACAUGUUUUUUAAAUGGAAAAUUGUAAGAUAUAUAAUCACUGUAGUGUUUAGAUUCCAUUUGGUAUAUUUAAAAAUGAGAGAGAGAGAGAGAAUGCAUUGGAAAUCAUGUCCUGUGCAACUAUUUAAAAUUACAAUGAAAAAUUUUUUGUUGGGGACCUGGGUGGCUCAGUCGGUUGAGCUUCUGCCUUCUGCUCAGGUCAUGAUCCCAGGGUCCUGGGACCCUGGGGUCCUGGGAUCCAGCCUGCUCAGCAGGGAGUCUGCUUCUCCCUCUCCCUCUGCCCUUCCCCCCACUCAUGCUCUCUCUCUCUCUCUCUCUCUCUCUCAAAUAAAUGAAUAAAAUCUUCAAAAAAAUUUCUAUAGGUCUUCCUGUUAGGGUCCAUGAACGCGAACUAUGUUGAAGUAUGGGUUUUAUGAUCUGGAAGGAAUCUAACUGAUGAAUCCAUCUUGAUCAGUUUAUGGAUGUGGGCACUGAGGACCAAGGAGGAUUAGUUGAUCUUCCCAUAGUCACACAGCUCAGAACCUAGGUGUACUUGCUUGCUCAUUCCUUUCACUAUUUCAUGGGCCUCCACUGUGCUCUGAAAUGCCACUACCAGUUCUGAGGAAUGAGGAAAGAUGACAAAAACAAUCUCAGAACAGUUAUUAAAUAACAGGGAUAUCCCUUGGGCAAGGUGCUCUUCUUGUGGCUUCUUGUGGCUCCAGCCCUGGGGGUCAGGCUGGGAGGCCAAUGUGGGUCUUAGAACCCAGGGUAACUGGUUGGAGGACACAACCUAAGGUUUUGAUGGGCUCUAAGCUGGGGAUUUUCCUUGUAGGGUCUCCCCCACUCCCAUCCCCAUCAUGUGGCAGUAAGCCUAAUCUUGGGGGUCCUGAAAGUCCAGCCUGGGCCACCACCAUCUCAUACAGUACACCUUCCACAGGACACGUGAAUUUCAUCUGUUGGCCGUCAUGAUAACCAUACCAAAGAAUGGUCCCAUCUUAGAUCUGUUGUCUUGUGCAUUGCAUAACCACCAUGGUUUACGUAGGGCUGGAUUAGCCACUCAGAGUCCCUCACACCAGACAGGGGCUGGGGCUGGGGCAAGCCUUAGGGUCAUGGUCAUGGUGCAUAAAGGCUACCCCAGCUGGUGUGCCUCCCUAGCCCGACGUGGACGUGGUGCCGUGAACAGCCAUCUUAUGCAUCUUGCAGCGGUGGGCUCUUGUGCUCAGAAUUUAGGAGAGGGGCUGGACCAUGCUGAUGAUGAGGCAGACACAGAUUUUUUUUUUAAAUAUUUUAUUUAUUUAUUUGAUAGAGAUAGAGACAGCCAGCGAGAGAGGGAACACAAGCAGGGGGAGUGGGAGAGGAAGAAGCAGGCUCAUAGCGGAGGAGCCUGAUGUGGGGCUCGAUCCCAUAACGCCGGGAUCACGCCCUGAGCCAAAGGCAGAUGCUUAACCGCUGUGCCACCCAGGCGCCCCAGAUUUUUUUUUUUUUAAUGAUUUCCAAGUUUUGGUUAGUUUGAAUCUUCAUGACCCCUGAUUUCCCUGCAGAGCACACAUGGUGAUGUUGGGGUGGGGUGGGGGGGCCUGGAUGACGAGACAGAAGGGCAGACCCAGAGAGGCUGUGGACAAAACACUGAACAGCAGGCCUGGCCCUCCUACAUGAACUAGAACAUCGUUGGAGCUGAGGACACAGGGCUCACAGGAAGGACACAGGCCACUGUCAGGACACACAUCCAAAGCUAGGACCCUGCUGACGUGGCAGCCCUCCGCCCCGGCCCCUUACUGCCCCCCGCCCCUCUCCCCCGCCUGCCAGCUGCCAACAGGGCUCUGCCCUGUGUCUGCCACACCUGUCACUGCCUGUCCUUGUCCGGGGGGGCCCCAUCAGCCCCUCCUCAGCUGCCCAGCAGAGCAAACGGUUAGUGGGGAGGGGAGGGAACAUGGAGCGGGGGCCGGCGGUGGGGGCAGGGCUGGGGGCCGGGGCCCAAAUCCGGGCACUGCUGGGCUGCCUGGUCAAGGUGCUGCUCUGGGUGGCCUCUGCCUUGCUGUACUUUGGAAGUGAACAGGCCGCCCGCCUCCUGGGCAGCCCCUGCUUACGGCGACUCUACCAUGCCUGGUUGGCAGCAGUGGUCAUCUUUGGGCCCCUUCUGCAGUUCCAUGUCAACCCUCGGACUAUCUUCGCCAGCCACGGCAACUUCUUCAACAUAAAGUUUGUGAAUUCGGCAUGGGGCUGGACAUGCACCUUCCUGGGGGGCUUCGUGCUGCUGGUGGUGUUCCUGGCUACGCGGCGUGUGGCAGUGACCGCCCGGCACCUGAGCCGGCUGGUGGUGGGGGCGGCAGUGUGGCGGGGGGCCGGCCGGGCCUUCCUGCUCAUUGAGGACCUGACUGGCUCCUGCUUCGAGCCUCUGCCCCAGGGCCUGCUGCUCCACGAGCUUCCUGACCGCCGCAGCUGCCUGGCAGCCGGCCACCAGUGGCGGGGCUACACGGUCUCCUCCCACACCUUCCUGCUCACCUUCUGCUGCCUGCUCAUGGCCGAGGAAGCCGCAGUGUUCGCCAAGUAUCUGGCCCAUGGGCUGCCAGCCGGGGCCCCCCUGCGCCUUGUCUUCCUGCUCAACGUGCUGCUGCUGGGCCUCUGGAACUUCUUGCUGCUCUGUACCGUCAUCUAUUUCCACCAGUACACCCACAAGGUGGUGGGUGCCGCAGUGGGCACCUUUGCCUGGUACCUCACCUAUGGCAGCUGGUAUCAUCAGCCCUGGUCUCCAGGGAGCCCGGGCCACGGUCUCUUCCCUCGGCCCCACUCCAGCCGCAAGCAUAACUGAAAGAAAUAAAGGCAA